AUGAAAUUUACGAAAAUUCUUAAUGAAUCACAUCCAAGUCUUACUCAAAUUAUUCUUAACAAUAAUAAGACUGUUGAUGAAAAUCUUCCAAUAGCUGAUCAACAUUCAAAAACAAUAAAUAUUGAAGAAACACCUGAAACUGAACCUAUUUUAAAUGAAAAUAAACAUAUAAAUUAUGAAGUACCAUCAAAAUCUAAAAAUAAAUAUCAAUUCUUAUCAACUAUUCUUGUUACAUUUCUCUUCUUUCUUUGGGGUGUACCAAAUCAAUUAAAUGGUGUACUUAUUCGACAAUUUUCAAAAGCUUUUGUUCUAUCUAGAUUUGAAGCUGGUCUUGUUCAAUCAGCUUUUUAUAUGGGCUAUUUUAUAUGGGCUUUACCUGCAGCUUAUGUUCUUCGUCGUUGGGGUUAUAAAAUUGGUAUCAUUAUUGGUUUAAUUCUUUUUGGUACUGGAUCAUUUUUUUUCUGGCCAGCAGCAUAUAUAGGAAAAUAUGAAUCAUUUUUAAUUUCUCUAUUUAUUAUUGCAACUGGUUUAGCUUUUCUUGAAACUGCAGCUAAUCCAUUUAUAGCAAAUGCAGCUGGACCUGCGCAUUCAUCAGAAAAACGUCUUAAUAUAGCACAAGCAUUUAAUCCAUUAGGUGCUAUAACAGGUGUACUUAUUGGAACAUUAUUUAUAUUUUCUGGUGUUGAAUUAAAUGAAAAACAAAUUGAACAAAUGCGUCUUAAUAAAACAUAUGAUAAUUAUUUAAAAACUGAAACAUUACGUGUUGUUCGACCAUAUGCUGUAAUUGGUGGUUUAACAUUUUUAUUUGCUUUACUUAUUGCUAUUGUACCAUUUCCAGCUAAUACAAAAACAAAAAAAAGUCAAAAAAAUGAAGAAUCUGAUGGAGUAAAUACUCUUUGUCGAGCUUUAUUUUUAUUUUCUAUUAUUGCACAAUUUGCUUAUGUUGGUGCACAAGUUGGUACUUGGUCAUAUUUUAUGCAAUAUGCUCAAGAUUAUGUUCAAGUUGGAGAAAAAACUAGUGGUUAUUUAUUAACUGGUACAUUAGUUAUGUUUGCACUUGGUCGUCUUAUAGCUGCUUUACUUAUGCAUUUUGGACUUUCACCAUCAAUACUUUUAGCUGCAUUUGCUUUUAUUAAUGUAAUACUUAUUCUUAUUACUGUUCUUGUACCAACUAUAAUUGGACUUGUAACACUUUUUAUUACAUCAUUCUUUAUGUCGCUUAUGUUUCCAACAAUAUUUGCUUUAGGUAUUAAAGGUAUGAGUGGACAUACAACAAAAUUAGCUAGUUGUCUUCUUGUUAUGGCAAUUAUUGGUGGAGCUAUAUUUACUCCAUUGAUGGGCUUAAUCGCAGUGAAAACGAAUAAUUUGGCUUUGGCAUAUACAUUACCAGGAGGAGCAUAUUUUAUUGUUGGUCUUUAUGCUAUUUUGGCUUAUGUGUUGACAAUGGAAAGAGAUGUGGAAUCCUAG